AUCCAUUUUUGCUGUUGACGUGAAGUGCUUCGCCUCCUUUCUUUUUAAAUUGGGGAAAUUGAUAAUCUUCUCUAGCUCUUGACGCUAAUUGAGAUCCGUAGUUUCAGAUUACAUUGACUUAUAACUUGUGACUUGUGUUAGUCAUAGUCAUAUCUUCUAUUCUCUCGCUCCUUCAACAUUGGGGUUUAUAAAAAUUGAAGAUUUUGAUCGGUUCUGUUGUUAUUUCCUUCUGGGUUUUUAGAAUAGAGGUGGAAAGAUCUGAUUUUUACAAGCGAUUCAGAGUUUGAACUUCUUCUUUCUAUUACAGAAGUAAAAGGAAGAUGCAUCCUCCGCUUACACCACAUAGGCAUCCAAUGUGUCUGGAGAUAAUUGAGGAGUUUCAAAAGUGUCAUACAGAGCAUCCGAUUGGAAAGUUCUUCGGAGAAUGUACAGAGCUUAAAGUGAAGCUUGAUCGAUGUUUUCGCCAAGAGAAAGCUGUGAAGAGGAAGGUAAAUUUUGAACAAAGCAAGAAACUUCAAGAGAGACUGAAAGCUAUAAGGAAAGAAGAAACUGCAGAGACUUGAACGUUGCUUGAUACUUAUCCGAUAAAGAGCUUGUCUAUUACGAAAGAAUACGUCUCUAAAUCAAUCCAUGAAGAGGAGUUUGAUACACUUUUACCCUAGUAGAUGAGUGAAUAACAUGGUACUAUACGUCAAUUGAUUAAAGUUUAGCGUUUCAAGUGAGGCGGUAUUUGGAGUGUAAGGCUCUUAUUAGCUUGGUCUGCUACAAACAUAUUGUUACACAAUUGCAUUCUAUUGUGGCUACGAAAUAUUUUCAGUCUUCUGUUUAAUCUCCUUGUACGUUCAGGGACUGUUGAGUAGUGUAACACAUCUCUAAACUGAAAAGAACAUGUCUUUCUGAGA